AUGUUGGGCAAUCCGUACAAGAGUAGCGAUCCCCGCAUGGGCCCAUUGAUGAGGGAUAUUAAAAACAAAAUUUGCCAUGACUGUGAAUUGAUCGCAUUGCUCGAUGAUGAUACAGGAAUGGAAGUGAGCGAGCAAGAUCUAACAUGGCUUUGCAAAUUUCAGCUUCUCAUUAAUCAGCAAAUUGUUGCUCUGGAUCUACCAGUGAGCGGCGUGUAUGAAAAGUUGUGGCGCCCGAACCAUCCUGACCAGACGAUGACCAUCAUCCAUUGUAUGCAUGGUCUUCUCGGCGAUGCAACGGAAUCGUUCGUGAAAACAUUAGUGGACAGCAACAGUGAGUCCAUAUGCCUUUUAUUAAUGACUUGGUUGAUACGAUAG